CCACUUGCCUCGGUCUGGCAACGCCGUCAGCUGAUUCGCUGCCAAAAAAAAAGAAAAGAAAAGAAAUUGUUGCUUUUCUCUGAUGUCGUCGUCCCAGGAAUCCUAAGAACUCCACAUCCCGGAACCGCAUCCACAUCCGCUUCACACCAGGACCAAGGAUGACCGGCAGGCAGGAGAGCCGCCGCCUGUGCGCCGUCACCUUCUUUGCCAAACUGCAUCCGGGUGACGUCUGCGGCAGCAAUGGCCUGCCCCUCACGCCCAACUCCAUUGCAAUCCUGGGCCGGGCCCAGAAGCUCAAGGAGCUGCAGGACGAGCAUUUGUGUCAGUAUCUGGAUGUGAUACGGGGCAAGCAUGAACGCACCAUUGUGGUCUCCGAGUAUCUGGGUCUCUCGCUCGAGGACUAUGCCAAGCGCAAUCCACCCCUGUCGCUGGCCCAGAUCCUGCGGAUCUUUUACCAGGUGGCCUGCGGUAUAAACGUGCUCAGUCAACAUCAUCUGGUGGCCCACAAUCUAGAGCCCAAGCAUGUUCUCAUCUCCGACGAUGGCCGGCGCAUCAAGCUCUUCAACUAUGGGCUGCAUCACAUGACCAAGGGCGGCUGCUAUGUACCCUUUCCCAUUGGCAAUAUACGGUAUAUGUCACCGGAGCGGCUCCUCGGUCUCAAUGGGAAUGUCAAGAGCGAUGUGUGGGCUCUGGCCAUGCUGGUGGUGGAACUAGUGCUCCAAAUUGAACUCUGGCCCAAACUGAAACUCUCGAAUGUGAUUCGAAAGAUCUUAGCCUUUGGCCGGAGCAAUGGGGUGCUGGAGAAGAUUGCCCGAGAGCAUCAGUGCUAUGAACGUUAUGUUUCCAUGGACAAGGAUCUGCGGCAGUUGCUGGAAAGCUGCCUGCAGGUGCUGCCCAAGAAGAGACCGCUGCCACAGGAGCUGCUAAAGCAGCCCAUCUUUGAGAGCGUUUUGGCAGAGUUGAAGAAGGAAAGGGAUCAGGAGAUCCAGGAGAACCAGGAGCAUGUGCCUCUCCUGCUGCGCUGCCCCUUGUCCCAAAUCUAUCAUUUGUGGCAGCUGGCCGGCGGUGAUGUCCAGGCGGAGCUCAAAAAGGAGGGCCUUAUACGCAGCGAGGCUCCUAUCUUGGGUCUGCCCCAGAUCGUGCGUUUGAGUGGGGCUAGCGUGUGUCCGGGUCGCAGCCAGGCCCAACUCAUGGACGAUCGUGUGGUGCCGCUGAGGCUGAAGGCUUUGCUCCAGCGACUAAGUCGCCUGCCGGCUGAUGUCUACUUUCCGCUGCUCCAUUCCCCACGAUUUCCUGCCCACUUUGCCCGCGAGCUGCAGGCCUUGCCGUUGGUGAUCCGGGAGAAGGACAUUGAGUAUCAGUUUCAAAGGGUUCGCCUUUUCACACGCCUCCUGCAGGGUUAUCCUCACACGGCGGAGCAGCUGCGUCGCGAGGCUUCCGUGGAUGUUCCCCCACUGCUGCGUGGCCCCAUUUGGGCUGCUCUGCUGGAUGUGGUGCCCAAUGGUAGUUAUUGCAAAAUAGACAAAUUCACGGCCACCAGCACUGAUCGCCAGAUCGAGGUGGAUAUACCGCGUUGCCAUCAGUAUGAUGAGCUGCUGUCCUCGCCGGAUGGGCAUCGCAAGCUGCGACGGCUGCUCAAGGCCUGGGUCACCGCCCAUCCGCAGUAUGUGUACUGGCAGGGAUUGGACUCGCUGACGGCGCCGUUUCUCUAUCUCAACUUUAACCAUGAGGAGUUGGCCUUUCUUAGCCUUUUCAAGUUUAUACCCAAGUAUCUGCAGUGGUUCUUUCUCAAGGACAAUUCGGCGGUGAUCAAGGAGUAUCUAAGCAAGUUCUCCCAGCUGACGGCCUUCCAUGAGCCUCUUCUGGCCCAGCACUUGGCCAGCAUUAGCUUUAUACCAGAGCUCUUUGCCAUACCCUGGUUUCUGACCAUGUUCUCGCAUGUUUUUCCCCUGCACAAGAUUUUGCAUUUGUGGGACAAACUCAUGCUGGGCGACAGUUCGUAUCCUUUGUUCAUUGGCAUUGCCAUUCUCCGCCAGCUGCGCAGCACUUUGCUCUCCUCGGGCUUCAACGAGUGCAUAUUGCUCUUUUCCGAUCUGCCAGACAUUGUGAUGGAGGGCUGUGUCUUGGAGUCCCAGAAGAUGUACGAGGUGACACCCAAAAGCAUAACGCAUCGUCAGCAUGCCCUGCAUCAACAGCAGCCUCACUCGCUGGACAUUGGCGUAACGGAGGUGGAACUGAAGCAUUUGCAGCUGGAGCAGUGUCCUCGUAUUAGCGCCAAGGAUGUGCAGGCUUUGCUUCUGUAUUCCCCCUCAGAGCUGGCUCUUGUGGAUCUACGCAGCGUGGUGGAGUAUGGACGUGUUUAUGUCCCACACAGCAUCAAUAUACCCUUUGCCACCGUUCAGCUGGGUGACCAGCGGCUGGAGGCUUUGCCAGUGGCCAAUGUGGAGACGCAGCUACGCGGAAGGAUUGUGGUCUGCGUGAGCAAUAUACAUCAGCAUUCCGUGGAGUUUUCGCACUUUCUGGUGGCCUGCGGCAUCCAGCGCACCUGCAUCCUGCACAAGGGAUUCAAUGUCCUGCACUCCAUUGAGCCAAAUAUACUCAUCUCGAAUUGAGGGUCUCCUCGUUGCUUCUGCUUCGUGUUUUUUUAGCCUAAGCUCAAUGUGUACAUUUCUUAUCUUUUAUAUUAUCUUUAUAUAUAAUAUAUAUAUAAAAUAUAUACAUUUGCAGAAUAUAUAUAGAGGAUUCUU